CAUUGCUCUUCAGCACCAGUGUUCUGGACAGAGCCCCAAGCAGGCUGCUGAUCCCAUUCAACUUUGUCUCUCGAUCUCCGCCAGCGUUGCUACUACUCUCUAGCUCCCCCUGCUGCAGAGAAGGAAAAUUACACCAGGAUCCAUGCAGCCGGCAAUGAUGAUGUUUUCCAGUAAAUACUGGGCAAGGAGAGGACUUUCCUUGGAUUCAGCGGUGCCUGAAGAGCAUCAGCUACUUGGCAGCUCAACACUAAAUAAAGCUAACUCCGGCAAAAAUGAAGGCAAGAGUGGCAACCAGGGAGGCAGCAAAAGUGAAACUGCUUCUGAAAGUGGCAAGACAGCAGUCAUAUUCUCCUUGAAAAAUGAAGUCGGUGGAUUGGUAAAAGCACUGAGGCUGUUUCAGGAAAAACAUGUCAACAUGGUUCAUAUCGAAUCCAGGAAAUCCCGUCGAAGCAGCUCUGAGGUUGAAAUCUUCGUGGACUGUGAGUGUGGCAAAACAGAAUUCAAUGAGCUCAUUCAGUUGCUGAAAUUUCAAACCACAAUUGUGACGCUGAAUCCGCCGGAGAACAUUUGGACACAGGAGGAAGAGCUAGAGGAUGCACCCUGGUUCCCCCGGAAGAUCUCUGAGUUAGACAAAUGCUCUCACAGAGUUCUCAUGUAUGGUUCUGAGCUUGAUGCCGACCACCCAGGAUUUAAGGACAAUGUCUAUCGACAGAGAAGAAAGUAUUUUGUGGAUGUGGCCAUGGGUUAUAAAUAUGGCCAACCCAUUCCCAGGGUGGAGUACACAGAAGAAGAAACUAAAACUUGGGGCAUUGUAUUCCGGGAGCUCUCCAAACUCUAUCCCACUCAUGCUUGCCGAGAGUAUUUGAAAAACUUCCCUCUGCUGACUAAAUACUGUGGCUACAGGGAGGACAACGUGCCUCAACUUGAAGAUGUCUCUGUGUUUCUGAAAGAAAGGUCUGGCUUCACUGUGAGGCCGGUGGCUGGAUACCUGAGCCCGCGAGAUUUUCUGGCAGGACUGGCCUACAGAGUGUUCCACUGUACUCAGUACAUCCGGCAUGGCUCAGACCCCCUGUACACCCCAGAACCAGACACAUGCCAUGAACUCUUGGGACAUGUUCCACUACUUGCGGAUCCUAAGUUUGCUCAGUUUUCACAAGAAAUAGGUCUGGCGUCUCUGGGAGCAUCAGAUGGAGAUGUUCAGAAACUAGCCACAUGUUAUUUCUUCACAAUUGAGUUUGGCCUUUGCAAGCAAGAAGGGCAACUGCGGGCAUAUGGAGCAGGACUACUUUCCUCCAUUGGGGAAUUACAGCAUGCUCUUUCUGACAAGGCGUGUGUGAAAGCCUUUGACCCAAAGACCACUUGCCUACAGGAAUGCCUUAUCACCACCUUCCAGGAAGCCUACUUUGUUUCAGAAAGUUUUGAAGAAGCCAAAGAAAAGAUGAGGGACUUUGCCAAGUCAAUCACUCGUCCCUUCUCAGUCUACUUCAAUCCCUACACACAGAGUAUUGAAAUUCUGAAAGACACCAGAAGUAUUGAAAAUGUGGUACAGGACCUCCGCAGCGAUUUGAACACAGUGUGUGAUGCCUUAAACAAAAUGAACCAGUAUCUGGGGAUUUGAUGCCUGGAACCAAUGUUGUUGCCAGCACGAUCAUUUUUGGCUUAGUGGCAAUUCAGUCAAUGUCAUAGAACACCAAUAAACUUUCUGUGUCAUGGCUUGGUUAGCAAGCACGCACUUCUGUAUAUCCUAUACCUACUUGUAACGUACCACAUCGAUGUGUAAAACACCAGCGGAAACCCAAUGGCAGAUAAACACUCAUUGUAUGAAAGAUUGUGAUAUGUUUAAAUGUCUUAAAUAGAUUUGACAUUCUUGCUUAGCAUCCUUAACCAAACUGUAUCUAUUUAAAAUGUGUAACAAAUAGUCCUCUUAUGAUUCUAGCUUAUGCUCUUUUCUUCCUCAGAGUUGAGCCUUUUCUCUGUGUUCAUUAGAUAAAAUGAAAAUAGCAGUGAAGUGGUUUCUAUUUUCAAUAGUAUCAGUGUUUUCAUAGCAUUACUUGAGAUGGACCCAGAAUUGUAGAAAACUUCCCAUCACAAUAACAAAAGAUUCAGUAUUCUGUUUCAAAAAUUGUUGAGGUAACAUGGUGGUUGGAAUGAUUUUUAGGCUGAGUAUUUAUACAACACAAGAAAAGAAAACUUUUUACAAAUGGAAUAUAUAAGUUGCAUUGACCUGGUAGAACUGAGUUGUGUCAAGCUCCCUGAAGUAUUUUGGAAGAUAAUACUUCCAGAAAGGAUGUUAGGAAAGGCUUAUCAGUGGGAAAUAAAUAAAUCUUGGGACUACAAAUUUUACUCUGUAAUAAAGUGAAUUAGCACGCUC